AUGAGAUCUGCGAUUCCUGUACAAAUCUUCGAAGACGACGGAUUCGAUUGGGAAGCAGCAGUAAGAGAAUCGAUUGGUUUGCCUGCAAAAAGCCUCAAAUGCAUCUUCUUCUUCGACCCAUUUCACUCCUUAAGAUUACUUCAGAUGGAAUCGCAGAAUUCAAGGCCUCUUGUGAUGCAGCAGAUUGAAGCGUGUCAUAAAAUCGUUGGAAUAUGGCAGGAAUGGACGAUUGACUUGACGGGUCAGACAUGUCCUUCGAAAAGAGCAAGCCGAAGGGAUUGA